AUGUCUGACUCGGUGGAUUCCACCAACCCUGGCGGUGCUGGUACUGGUGAUGCACCCCCAACAAAGUCGUCGCUAAAAUCCCUAGAGGCGGCCCGUACCGGUGUGGCUAACCCUGAGGAAGUUUCACUCUUCGGCAUAUGUGAUGGUCAAGGUGACCCAUACACUGGUUUUACCUGGGAACAGAUGGAGAACAAUGCUCCACAGACAGGUGUACCGUCGUUGCAUCCAUUGGGAAUGAUCCAGGCAAGACCUGCAGAGGCAAUGUCAUCUUCCGAACCUUCCCAGUCAGGACCCUCUUACACUGCCCCAGCCCAUAGCGUCUCAAAUGCAAGCAAUUUGCACCUCGAGGAGGAUAUACAGAGUCUAAUUGAUCAUCCAAAGGUCAAACACUCAUUGUCAUGGAUCCCUGAGUUUUCAUGGCAUGACUCUCACCUAUUGUUUGAUGGUCAGCCACUGGAACUGCCCGAAACACGCGAUGGCCAACUUUCGAGAGGCGGCCCUAGCUCAGAGCAUGGACUUUCGUUAUCUCAGUGGUCUGUACCUCAAAUAAGAGAGCCGGACUGUGGACAUGAAAGGUCUCAGAUAUCUGCAAUCCUUGGAGUUGGAAGUUUUGUCAAUUCAGACAAACAUUGGGAUGAGAAACCGGAGGUAGCAUCAGAAAUAUUGUCGGUUUCAACCGAUAUCUCACUAUCUGUAACCACUUUUAAGGGAGAGUUCAUUGAAGCAGGUUUGCCUGCUCAAGUGGAAAUUGCCCUACAGAAGACCGUCAACAACAUAGUGGAAAUACUCGUCGACUACUACUGCAGAUCUUAUGCGCCACAGAAACAGUCUCUCGCAGCAAAACGCAAGCUGGCUGAUAAAAGCUCCAGUACUUCGACCAAGAGCAGUCGGGCUUCAAUUAAACGGAAAGGUGCCAAGCCUGGAAGCCGCAAAGGUCAGGCUAUAGAUGGAGAUGGAGAAAGUGAGGAUGAGGAGUCUAGUGGCAAUAGGCAAAGCCCGUCCGAAACUGACACACCUGUCGAACAAAUCCUCUUUUUGGCUUGUCCAUUCAUGAAAUGGAAUCCCAGGGAGUACAGACACUCUUGUAUCAAGAAGCUCAGGGAUAUGCAUGGCCUCAAAAAGCAUAUUCAGGAGAAACACUUCGUGAAUCACUGCCCUAAGUGCUUCAUGAGGCCCUCAGAAGACACGAAGGUCAUCCCUCCUCACCCAUGCAUCGAAAUGUCCGGUCUUUCGUCACGUCCAACGGCAGGACUGAUUACGGUUGAUAUGCAAGCUGCGAUCAAAGAAAGACCUGGCGCUAGAUUGCCUCAAAAGGAGAAAUGGGAGAGACUUUUCAAGAUUAUAUUUCCCCAGGAGCCGAUCCCGUCAAGCCCUUACCUCGAUCAUGAGGUGGCGCUAUUUCUUUGUGAAAUUGACAAAUUCGUUUGUCAGCCAUCUGUGAAGCACCGCAUUCGCGGAACGAUACAGGAGUCUCAGCUUGAACAUUGUGUUGAUAGUUUAUGGCAAAGGAUUGAUGAGCUUGUUCUUGAAAGACUAGUACCAGAGAUUCUAGACGUCCUUAAUUCCAAUGUCAUUGGGAUGAACGCCUGUCUAGCUUCUGACCAAAUAACAGUCGAUCAUGCACAGUCCAUUUCGACUUUGGAGAGAGGCAUACCUGGUAAUCUAUCCGAUUUUGAUUCGAGGGGCUUCGGGUCUGGCCAGAACGAAUCCGCCACAAUUCAUUCUGGUGUCUUGACAGAAGUUGAUGACGCCACCACUCCGAUACCAACUCCAUUUGCCAAUCAGCCAGAUAUCGGAGUUUGGGAAAUCAGUACUCGCCCCGAAGCCACUGAUACCUACGGACUUUUCUGUCCCGAUGUCGCUGGAAUUACCAACUUUGAGGCGAUUAGCAGUGGUCCCUUCUCGAGCCCUGGGGUAGGGCAUUUUCCUUGGUAUGGUGAACAAGAGAUGUUUGAGAUGGAACCCGAGCAAGCAAGGGGCGACGAGAUUCUUUUCCAGUGGCCUUAG